AUGUCUGUGCUGAUGCCACAGCUGCUGAGGGGCCUAACAGGCCUCACCCAGCGGCUCCCGGUGCAGCGUGCCCAGAUCCAUUCCAAGCUGCCACAGGAGCAGCUCGGGACCAUGGAUGUUGCCGUUGGGCUCACCUCCUGCUUCCUGUGUUUCCUCCUGCCAUCGGGCUGGGUCCUGUCACAUCUGGAGAGCUACAAGAAGUGGGAGUGAAGGGGGCUGUCCUGUCCCUCACCCUGUGACCUGACCACCCCUGGCCUGUCCUGAUCAUGUCUGCUGCAUUCCUGGCCGGCCUUCCAUGGAUCAUGUCCUUCAAUUACAGUGACCUCUUCUACAAUCAUGACCUCUUGAUUUCUCCAUGGUGACAUCCUGGGACCAAACAUUUUGGUUUAUA